AACAGAGACGUUUCCACAUAUGUCAAAUGUGACUUUAUAUAUUUUAGUAUAUUCUGCUGCAUCGGACACAGUUUGACGCGCCAAUUUGUCGCUGUCUCGUGGAGCUCAUUUAUUACAAAUAAUGUCCGAGUCCAUCAAAAACGUCGCGAUAUUUGGAGCCACGGGAAUGACCGGGCUGGCGACCCUGCCGCAAGCGGUGGCUGCAGGAUACAAUGUGACUGUGCUGGUGCGGGACCCUGCCAAACUGCCUGCUGACCACAAGGCAUCCAGAGUGGUGGUGGGAGACGUACUUAAUAAAGAGGAUGUGAAGAAGACCAUGGAAGGCCAGGAUGCGGUUAUCAUCAUUCUGGGCACCAGGAACGACCUCAGUCCAACCACCAUGAUGUCUGAGGGCACCAAGAAUAUUAUUGAAGCCAUGAAGGCUCGUGGGAUCUCCAAAGUGGUCGGCUGCAUGUCAGCCUUCCUGCUGUGGGAUCGCACCAAAGUCCCGCCCCGCCUGGUUCCUGUGACAGAGGAUCAUGACAGGAUGUACACAGUGCUGAAAACAUCAGGGCUGGACUACGUGGCCGUCAUGCCUCCUCACAUUGACGACAAACUUCCUCUGACAGAGAGUUACAUGGCGACGGAGAACAUGCUAAAAGGAAGAGCCAUCUCUAAACAUGACCUGGGACACUUCUUCGUCAAGUGUCUGUCCACGUCAGAGUGGGACGGCAAGACUGUGGGAGUGUGGGGAGACUAUAAGUAAUUCCAACAAUGCAUUGCUGAUGCCCUGUGGACAGUGAAGGGUAAAAAUGUCCUCCUGACAUUGUUCACUUUUCUUAAUUUUCACCAAAACAUCUCAAAUGGUGAGACGAGAUGAAUAAAUAACUAUCAAGUCUUUAUAGAUCCAAACUGCAAGUGUGUUGUGCUGAACCACAAAUGCUUCCCAACUUUAUGAUAACAUCUGAGAAGCUAUUGCUCUGCGUUUUAUAUUUUUAUACUAAUUUCAAGCUUCCAAGUGCCAAACCUAUACUGCUGCUUUAGCUGUCGCUGUUUCUGUAGCUUUACAUCAUUAAAUGUCUUUUCACAUUACCACUCUUUACUUAUUGAAUGUUUUGUUUCUUAUUGGUGAACAUUUUGUCUGUGAUGCCUCCUGGUGCUGCGCUGAUGUACAGUGGAAAGUUUUUAUAGCUGUUGAAAAAUAAAAGACUUUAUUGUACAAAA